UAAAAAAGGACAAACCCCAAUAUAUAUCAGUUCUCAAUUAACAAAAUCCAGAGGCAAUUGCUUCGGUAAUGUCUGGAAGUUUUCGGAUCUCAGUUCGCCUGGGACGUUGCAGCUUUCUUGACCUAUUCUGAGAUUCAGUUUAUUUCCUCUUCCGGAAAAUAAUCUGUUAAUGGGCAUUGAAGGUGGGCACACAUAUUCAAAAUCUGGAAAUAUGGACAAAUUGUCAACUCCACCAGGUUUUGUUUCUCAAACAUCGUUUGUGCUGAGGAAUGUACACCGAGACAGAGAAAGUUCCAGGUCGGUGCUGGGACAAGACCAGAUAACUGGAUUCGGCACAGAUGAUGCAGAUAGUUUCAAGAUGUUUCUUACAAACCGACCGUGGAUAUUGCACAAUCACACAACUCCCAGCUCAGAGGCCUUAAAGCCAAUGAAAUCUGAGGUACGGGCAAGACGGGUACCGAAAGUCUCCAAGAACGUAGUCCUUGAGGAAGCUCCGGUGUUUAACCCAACCGAGGAGGAAUUCAGUGACACCUUGUCAUAUAUUGCAAGCUUGCGGGACAAAGCUGAGCCUUAUGGGAUCUGUUGUGUUGUUCCUCCUCCUUCAUGGAAACCUCCAUGUCUUCUCGAGGAGAAAAAAAUAUGGGAGGCUUCCAAAUUUGUCACUCAAGUUCAGCUCGUUGAUGGAUUUCAUAUCGAGGACCCAAAUAUUAAAAAGGAGGCUGAUGCGGAUAGUGAUGAUGAUACAUCUGAGACGAUCAAGUUUUAUAGAAUGGAGCGCGGUUUUAUGCAUACUUUGGAGAGCUUUAAAAACUUUGCAGAUUCACGCAAGAAGGAGCAUUUUAGCCUAAAGGAUGAGGUUUUGAGUUCCAAGGAUUCAUCUCCAUCACUAAAACCAGAGCCAACCACCGAAGACAUUGAAAAAGAGUAUAGACAACUUGUUGAGAAUCCACUUGUUGAAAUUGGGGUGCUUUAUGGCAAUGAUCUAGACACCACAAAGUUUGGCAGUGGAUUUCCCUUAUCUGGACCAUCCGAAUCUUGCAACUACAAAACAUCAGGAUGGAAUCUGAACAAUACAGCUAAGCUUCCUGGCUCUCUUCUUUCUUUUGAAGACUGCGAAUCAAUUUGUGUCCCUCGCCUAAGUGUAGGAAUGUGCUUCUCUUCGCAGUUGUGGAAAUCUGAGAAGGAGAGACUUUACUCGCUCUGCUAUAUGCAUAUGGGUGCUCCUAGAGUUUGGUAUUCGGUUGCAGGAUGUCAUCGUUCUAAGUUUAUGUCUACCAUGAAGAGCUUAUUCCCUGAGAUGUCAGGAGAACAGUCAAAGGUGAUGAUAAUGUCUCCAUAUGCGUUGAGCAUGGAGGGUAUACCAGUGACCCGGUGUGUCCAGAACCCUGGCCAGUAUGUUAUUACAUUUCCAGGGUCGCAUUACUCUACCGUUGACUGUGGCUUUAACUGUUUGGAGAAAGUAAAUUUUGCUCCCCUUGAUUGGUUGCCCCAUGGGGAUGUUUCUGCUCAGCAGAAUCAAGAUAAGAGUAGAAAAUCUUUAAUAUCGUAUGAUAAGCUGUUAUUAGGAGCUGCAAGGGAAGCCGUGAAAUCCCUCAAGGAAUAUUUAUUGUCCAAGAAAAAGACAGCAGACAAUAUGAGAUGGUAUAAUUCUUGUGGUAAGGAGGGGAUAUUUUCCGACAUGGUUAAGUCACGGGUCAAGCAGGAGAAACGCAGACGUGAGUUCCUUGGUAAUUCACUAAAAUCGCAAAGGAUGGACAAGAGUUAUGAUGAUGUUAGCAAGAGGGAAUGCUGUAUAUGUAUUGCUCAUCUGUAUCUUUCCGCUGUUCAAUGUUCAUGUUCUGCGGAUCGAUACUCGUGUCUGAGCCACGUAAAGAAACUCUGUGCCUGUCCGUGGGACAGUAAGAGUUUACUUUACAGGUACACAACCGACGAGUUGGAUAUUCUUGUAGAGGCGUUGGAACAACAUAAACUCAGCGCUAUGUUCAGAUGGGGAAACGUUGAUCGCAACUACUGUGCUUCUAGGGGCAUCACAAGCUCACAACCCGGAGAUGCAGGCAAGAAAACAGAUGAGGAUAUGCCUUGUAACAACAACAACAACUCAGGGAAAGAUGUUGAAGGUGGAACUAAGGAGCAGAUGAAGCCAAGAAAGGCGAGACUGAUCAUGGAGAUAAUGAACGCUAAAGAAGGAAAUGAUGAUGAAAAGGGGCCUGUGAAGCCUUGUUCUAAGAAAUCAACCAGGCCAUGCGAUUCUUCUGCUGUCCACACGGCAAAGAAACAGAAGCAGGGAUGAAGAAAAGCAGACUCACGUUAUAAUAUAAGAAACAUGCCCCAGGGCCUCAAAUUUUGAGAAAAUCUUAGAACCUUUUCUUUGCAAGAUUUAUACAUAUAUAUAUUUAAAAAAAAUAUAUGUAGACAAAAAUAGAAUAAAUAAAUAAAUCAUUUUAUGUGUUUAAGA